GAAGCAUGUCUCGGAUGAAGACUCAUGGGAGGGGGGCUGCCUUGCGCCACACCGCAUUCGCAGUUCUGCACAUCAUCGCCAGACCAAGGGUGGGUUACUCUGUAUCGAGGGCUGAUAUUCUUGGACAGAUUCAUGUCGGCAUGGAUGCGAGGACGUACCGCAUCCCGCCCGAUGCGUCCGCAGACAGCCGUUGCGUGGGUUGGGACAACACCUGUUUCCUCACAUCACCAGGAGUCAUACAACUCCUGUUGGAUAUAUUCUCUGGGCGAUCCCUUCUGCUCUGCUGGAUUGAAGCCAUACCUCCUAGUCCAGCAGGGAGAGGCCGGUUACGAAUGAUAGAUACGGAGUACAUGGCAUGAAUCCAUUAGUUGCCGCGGAGUUACCCCGACCCUCCAAAAGACUCAAUAUUCCAGCAAGCGUCGCCCUUGAUCAUCAACCGAUUGCGCCGUACAUAUGCACUCUUUUAAUGUAAG